AUGGAUUCACAAGAUUUGUUGCAACAACGAAGUGUGGGAGUCUCAGACCGUCGCGUCUGUCUGUUUCUCUAUAAGAGCAACGCUUUGUUUCUUUAAAUUGUUUAUUCCAAAGUGUGUUUGUUGAAGAAUUUAGUUGUUUCCACACAAAGAAAAGGAAAAAAAAGAAAAGAAAUCACGGGUCUUCUUAUUCUCUCAUGCAAACCUCAACAAAAAAAAGGGGGCAUGGGUGCGUAGGAUAAGCGAAGAAGCGCACGAUAGCCUUCACCACUCAUCCAUGCUUGGUAUACUUUGCGCCACUCGCCCCAAGCCUUGGAUCUUCUCCUUCCUCCACGGUUCGCCGGCGCAUCACGCCGCUCGCCUUGCCCACGGCUUCGCCUCCGACUUGUCGCCGUCUUUCUCUCAUUUUGGACCCGACAGCUUCACGCGCGGCCGCAUUCAUUCCAGUGCGUGUAAGCUUCGCGGCGGCGGUGGCUCCGGUGCCGCCGCCGCAUCAAUAUGGCAUGCUAUAUUGCCUUGCGGCGGCGACGGAUUGCAGCGCGGCGGCGGCGUCGUGACUGUCCACCAUGACCACGAGCUGAAGGGGGAGGGAUCGUGGAACGUCGCGUGGGACGCGCGUCCUGCAAGGUGGCUCCACCGUCCUGACUCGGCCUGGCUCCUAUUCGGCGUCUGCGCCUGCCUUUCGCCGCCAGUUUGCGCCGAGGCCGAUCCAGAGGCGGUGCCGGCAGCACCUCCGGCGGUUCCGGAGGAAAAUUCUGAUGGACGUGAAUUGAUGGUUGUUGAUGAUGAGGUCUCAUCUGAUUACAGAGUCACUGGGGUGCCUGCUGAUGGUCGAUGUUUGUUUAGAGCAAUAGCUCAUGGAGCUUGCUUAAGAAAUGGGGAAGAAGCACCUGAUGAGAAUCGUCAAAGGGAACUGGCUGAUGAAUUAAGAGCUCGAGUUGUAGAUGAGCUGCUGAAAAGGCGUGAUGAAACUGAAUGGUAUAUAGAAGGAGAUUUUGAUGCGUAUGUGAAGAGAAUUCAAGAGCCUUAUGUUUGGGGCGGGGAACCUGAGCUGUUGAUGGCUUCUCAUGUUUUGAAGACACCUAUAUCUGUCUUCAUGAGAGACACAAACUCUGUUGAUUUGCUAAACAUAGCAAAAUAUGGUGAAGAAUAUAGGAAAGAUAAGGAUAUUUCCAUCGAUGUCCUGUUUCAUGGGUAUGGUCAUUAUGAUAUAUUGGAGACCUUAUGAACAAAAUUGCAGGAAAAAAAAAACACUUAGCACAGUACAAAUUUCACUUGCCUUGAUCACGCGGUUUAAGACUUAUCUCCCAUAGAGUUUUUUUAUUUUUUGGGUCAUUCUGGAAGAGUUUCAGUUAAUUUAGUAUCCGUUUGCAACUGUAGUUUAAGCUGCAGGAAACUUCAAUUCAAGCAACGCAAUUUUUGUAGUUUGCUUAUUUUCUUGUAUGUUUAGAAUUCAACCUACCACAAUUAUCAUAGUGAGAAAUAAGAAUAAUGUGAUCAUGAUUAUCUUUAUUGUUGUUUGAUUUACAUGUAUUCUAUGCU